UUCUUCCAUUGACCUAGCGCUGUCUACACCAGGGCUUCAGUAUAGCUACAUCUCUCAGGGGUGGGACUGUUGCCCAUGGAAUCCCUGAGGCUACCAACAAAGAGACAGCUCAUGCCAAUUUGGACUCCACUGAUAGUUUUAUAAUACGGGCACUUCUUCCCACUAGGGACUAGACUCUGAGUCAUUCCACAUCGGUCUCCUCUUGAGUCACCUUUAACAAGAUACUCCUGAAGGGUUCAACAGAGAAGAUGCAGAGGGUAUUUUCCUCCAGGAUGUCUUCAGGAGCAUCCAGUAUUUCUGAAGAAAAAUCUCGAUGACGACCUUGAAAUAUCAAUGCAUCUGAAGAGGAUACUGGUGGACAAGUUUGUCACUGACUGGAAUGCUGAAGAUUUCAUGAUGGUCAAUCAGGCCUUGCUUUAUCUUAAGAGGAAUAAAGAAAGUAUCCGUGACUUUCUGAAGCAGUUUCCUGAGCAAAGAAAGAAGGUGGAAAGCUGCAUACGGUGCCUUGAGGAAAUGGUAGACAACGCGGAUGAAGUCCAUAAGCAAUGCACCACAAUAAGUGCUGCAGCAAACACCAUGGGUCUUAUUUCAGGCUUUUUUAAUCUAGUAAAACGUGGUGGCCAUCUCUGUCUUGGUUUGGAGGUAUUAGGUGAUGUUGCAAAUAUUUCCAGAGUUAUAUACAAAAUUCAUAACAACUCUAAGAUAAAGGAUAAAGUUGGGGAGUUGCUACAGCAAUAUGAAAACAGCCUGAAUUAUCUGAAAAUUUCUAAUGAAGAGGAUUGUGGAUUAGAAGGUUUUCAGAAGUCUGAGGCCUUGGGCAACCAAAUGGAUGAUUUCAUUUCUGCUGCUGGUUCAGCUCAAGGAUUAUAUAGAAACAUUACAGAGUUAAACAAACCAACUCAACAAAAAGCUAACCCUAGUUCAGGGUCAGAAGGAAGGAGCAGCACUAACACAACUAGACAGCGCAAGGCAAAGGAAAGUGACUCAGCUGAAACACCACCUGCUGCGUCCAAAGGAAACUGGCUGGAUAUAGUAAUAGCAACACCAGCCAUCAUAAACAAAGCCUGUGUGGUUAAGAAAGACUUCACACAUUUAGCUGAGGGAGGUAAGGGAGAGACUGGAGCUGAAAUAAGAAAAAUAGCUGAGAAGCUGAAGCUGAAACUUGAGGCGAUCAGUUUGCUGUAUACAGCGUAUAUGGCAUUGAUAGGGCAAAUUAGCAAACUUUUAAGUAUAAAUAUAGUGUUCAUGGCAUACACAUAGGGAAGUUAGAUAAAAAACAAAUACUCUUGCUAGAAGGCUGCAACAGAACACAACAUAACAUUCCCUUUACUUAGGGAACGUUUACACUGAAAAGUUACAUUGGCAUAGCUACGUCCCUCAGGAGUGGGAAAAAUCCACCCCCCCAAGAGACAGAGUUAAGCCAACAUAACCCCCAGUGGAGCCGGCGCUAGGUUGAUGGAAGAAUACUCUUGGGGAGGUGGAUUAACUGCAGCGAUGGGAGAACCCCUCCUACGACUCCUAGUGAGUGUCUACAGUGAAGCUGUGCAACUGUGCUGCAGUUGUGUAGGGUUAGUCUUAGAAUUAGGGCAUUUAAAGCCAGAAGGCGCCACUAGAUCAUCCAGUCUGACCUCCUGUUAGGGUGACCAGAUGUCCCGAUUUUAUAGGGACAGUCCUGAUUUUUGG